AUGCGGCUAUUAGACAUCAUACCCGCGUCGCUGCUGGCAAGCGUCGCGAGUGCGUCGACCCUCCAACCACCCGUUCUCCCGCUGAUCGUGAGAAACCCGUACUUGAGCACAUGGCUCCAGAAUGCAAGGCAUGAGCCAUGGAGCAAAUGGCCCAUGUUCUGGACUGGCGCCGAAAUCGGCUUUGGUGUCCUUGCGUCUCUUCCCGAUUCGAACGAAGUGUUUCCGCUGCUGGGCCGGCCCCACGAUUCGCUUGAGGAUAGCGACGACUACACUAUCGCAUACUCCACUUACAAAGGCGCCAAGUACGACGCGUCGACAACGAACCUUACGUACUCUCUCCCCGCGCCAUCCAAGCUGGCCAGCGCAAAGGCCCUUGAAAUCACACUCUCCUUCCUCUCUCCCAUCACACCUACAUCGACUCUGCGGCAGGCGAUUCCGGCGGCAUAUCUCAGCAUCUAUGUGGAGGGAAGUUUCGAUGUCAACAUCUACGUCGACGUUAACGGACAAUGGGUCAGCGGGAAGCGCGAGAGUCUCAUAGAGUGGGGUCUCACAGAAGAGGAGGCCGUUGAGCCAAUGAAGCCCCUCAAGACAUGGAAAGUCAAGCGUCAGGUGGAGCAGAUCUUUACCGAGACGAACGAUCAGCCAGAGUGGGGUCAGCUGCACUUCACCGGGCCGGGGGAUGUUCAACAUGAAGCUGGUACUUCCGAGCUGCUUCGCAAGAGGUUCGCUCGCACAGGGACGCUGCAGAAUACCAUCGAUGAGUCGUUCCGCGCCAUCAUGGAUGACGAGCCGGUGUUCGCUUUCGCGAAGCAAUUCAAAUUGGCAAAUUCGUCAGGAUCCACGGCUUCUACAAGCAGCAGCGUAUUGUUCACUAUCACGCACAUCCAAGACCCCGUCACACAGUAUGCCUCCGCGCGCGGCCUUACAUUCAUGCGACCCUUGUGGAAGUCGUGGUUCCCCUGGGACAACGAGCUCAUACAGUUCCACUACGGCGAUUUCGCCAAUGCCAACAGUCUGGCGGGCAACUACUCUGAACAGCUCCGUAUCGAUGCCUAUCAAUCGGGAUCAACAAACUACGUGGAUAUCGUCGCACUGUCGGCUCGACAGGCGAUGGGCGCAACAAGCUUCUCCGGGACCCCAGAUAAUCCCUUGCUGUUCCUCAAGGAAAUCUCUUCGAACGGUAACUCCCAAACAGUCGAUGUCAUCUUUCCGGCUUUCCCGUUCUUCCUCUACACCAACCCAAAGUGGCUUGCGUAUCUGCUGGAGCCACUCCUUGAGCACCAGUUGAGUGGUCAGUACCCGAACCAGUAUUCGAUGCACGACCUUGGUGCACAUUUCCCCAACCUCACUGGACAUGCUGAUGGAGCCGACGAGUAUAUGCCAGUGGAAGAGUGUGGUGAUAUGCUUAUCAUGGGUCUGGCUCUCGUGAACUCCCUGACCUAUGGCUCUGACGCAGAGGCCCAAUCUGUGUGGUCAACUGUAGGUAGUGCCGUAGAUCACACCGACUUGCACGAGAAUCCGUUUGCGUUGUCAAACUUGGGUACGCAUGAUGGUGUUGAGCAUAUUGACGAGACUUGGGGCGGUGGAGCGAAGGGCGUCAACCAGGCGAAGAAAUGGCUCGGCGGUAGCUACGAUCUAUGGAAGCAGUGGACAAGUUACCUCGUGAAGGACGCUCUUGAACCCCACAAUCAACUAAGCACCGACGACUUCGCCGGCUGGCUUCCUUUGCAGACAAACCUGGCCUUGAAGGGCAUAGUUGGGAUCAAAGCCUUCAGCGAGAUAGCAGACCUCUUGGACCGAUCUGGUGAUGCUGAUGAGUAUCGAAACAUCUCUGAUACCUAUAUCGAAAAGUGGCAAGAGUACGGUAUUUCACGAGACGGAUCACACGCCAAGCUCGCAUACGACUGGUACGGCAGCUGGACAACGCUGUACUCCCUCUACGCUGACGCAAUUCUCUGCUUCCACCCUUCCAUAACAAACUCCUCCUCGGUUUCAUCCACUUCAGGCUUCUCCUCUGGCAACGACAACGCCCAGCAGCCUUUGAAUUCCGGCAAGUCUAGUUCCGGCCGCACGCCAAUAACCAAAGACUUCAUCCCCAGCCACAUCUACGACAUCCAGUCCGAGUGGUACUCCGCAGUCAUGCAACGAUACGGACUACCCCUCGACUCUCGCCACCUCUACACAAAGUCUGAUUGGGAAUUCGAAGCCGCUGCCGUGGCUUCGAAGGAAGUGCGCUCGGAGAUCUUGGAUCGAGUGGCGCUGUGGCUUAAUGAGACGGUUACGGAUCGCCCGUUCACGGAUCUGUAUGUUACGGAGGAAGAUGGUGGGUUUCCUGGGCCGUGGUUCUUUGCUAGGCCGGUUGUUGGCGGGCAUUUUGCGUUCUUGGCGCUUGAGAGGGCGUGUGGGGGGACGUGA